AUGAGUCAUAGCCAGGAAAGGAUCUCCUCCUACCGCUCGGGCAGCUUCAAGCGUAAUGCUGCCGUGGGGCGCAGAAGCGGUGCCAUCAUGAGCAUGAGCCUGUGUGUGAGCGGUGCCACUGGGGAACUGGAUGCGGCGUCUGCAGAGAACCAGGCCUUCCUGGACACCCGCACUUCCGAGAAGCAGGAGAUGAUCACCCUUAACGACCGUCUGACCAAGUACAUCGAGAAGGUGCACACCCUGGAGUCUCAGGGCAGGAGUCUUGAGGCGGAGAUCGAAGCGCUGUGCCGCGGUCCCUCAGGCCUGUGCAUGGUCUACGAGGAACGAAUGAGGGAGAUGAGGAGGGUGGCUGACAACAUGAUGGCUCAGAGGGACCUGGCGGUUGCUGCUAAGGAUGCCAUGGGUGUCCAGGUGGAGAUGCUGAAGGCCAGGUACAGUGAGGCUCUGGAGGCCCACAAGAAGGCUGAGGCGGAAAUCAAAGCUGUCCGCCCCGAUGUGGAUGCUGCUACUGCUGGCCGCAUCACCCUGGAGAAACAGCUGGAUAACCUGGAGCACCAACUGGAGUUCCUGCAGAGGGUCCACAAGCAGGAAAUCGAGGGGCUGAUGGCUCAGAUCUACAGCUGGGUGGCUAAGGGGGAUAUGGCAUUUGCUCAGCCCAACUUCGGCUCUGCACUCAAGUCCAUCCAGGCACAAUACGACAAAAUGGCGGCCAAGAAGUUACAGGAAAUGGAUGCAUCGUACAAGACUCAAUUCCAGGACAUGUCGCAGACGUCAACGAGACACUUGGAAUCUAUCUGCAGCUUCAGAGAGGAGAUCAGAGGGCUGAAAGCAGAGAUUCGUAGUAAGCAGGGGGAGCUGGAUAGGCUGAGGACCAGGAGCGAGGUUCUGGAGGCAAAGCUGCGUGAUGCUACCGAACGCUACAGGAACGAGGAAGAGACUCUCCAGGCCAGAAUUGAUACUUUCAAUCAGGAGCUGAGUGCCAUCAAGAGCAAGAUCACAGUGACACUGAAGGAAUACGAAGACCUCCUGAAUGUUAAGAAGUCCUUGGAGAUGGAGAUCACAACCUACAGGAAACUGAUCGAGGGUGAGGACAGCCGCAUGAACAGCAUGGUGAGCUGCUUGCCCCUCAUGGGCAGCGCUGGCAUGAUGGCAGGUGGCACCUUAGCCAUAAUGGGCGCUGAGGCCGCCGUGAAAAGUGUGUCUGUGAGUACAAGUGACGUGUUAGCAACGGAAGGGAUUGCUAGCGUGGCGUCUGAGCUUGAAUCGGCAGCCGUGACCAACGGUGUGUCCAAUGGCGUUAGCGAGGUGGAAAACGGUGUGAACGGUGUGUCCAAUGGCGUGAGCGAGGUGGAAAAUGGUGUGAACGGCGAGUCUGAGUCCUCCUCCACUGUGGAGAUGGAGUCCAAGAUCGUGGUGAAGACCAUCACCGCUUCCUUCUCUGAGGGGCAGGCCGUGGAGAUUAUCUAG